GAUUUUCUCUUUUUCUCUUUUUUCUUUGCUUCGCAUCCGUCGACCUACGUCUCUCUCCCACACGUCCGGAGAACAGGCGAAAGCCGCGCAGGCGUCUCUCUCAGUCCUUCUGCGGUAAAAAGCGCAAGCGGUAGUCUCACGGUGCUCGCGUGUCUCUUUCACCAGUUCACGAGAUCUCUUGCACAAUUUCCGAGUUUCCAACGAACAAUAGAGGUUUUUCGUCUCUGGGUAGUCUCCAAGAGACGCCAGACUUUCUCUCUCUCCACCCGUUUCCGCGGUGCAGUCUCCCUGCCCCUACUGCUUCGCUUGGUUUGUGCCGCUUCCGGAACGGACGUGAGCACUUUGCUUCCUCGCUUUCGAUUUUUCUUCUUUUGCUGCUCUCGAUGUUUUCGCUCAACCUCUGUCUCUUUCAGUGGACGCACCCUUCCGGUUCUCGGCCGCUUCCGUAGAUCGUGCCCUCUGCGCUUGUCCGGCGUCUGCUUUGGCUGGCGUUUUUCCCUGCGCUCUCUCUCUUUUUCGUCGCUGUGUGGUCGUCCCCUCCAGUGGUACGCUCUCCCCGUCUUUCAACGCAAGUCCGGCGCAGGUGUGUUUACCGCGAAAUUCGCUGUUUUCCCCAAACCCCAGCCUUCCGUUUCCUCCGUCAGUCCGACUCCUGUUUCUUCUCUCUCGCCUCUCUUCACUUCUUCGUUUCGACAACAUGCCGCGCGCGGCGAUGGAUGAUCAAGAAGGCCGCAAGGUCUACAUUGGUGGCAUCGAAGCCGACACAACGACGGAGGAACUGGAGAGCAUCUUUGGAAAGUACGGCACCAUCAGCACUGUCUGGGUCGCCCGCAACCCCCCCGGCUUCGCCUUUUUGACCUUUGACGACUACCGCGAUGCCAAGGACGCCGUCGCCGAGCUCGACGGCUACCGCUACCGAGGGAAACCAAUUCGAGUAGAAAUCGCUCGAGGCCCUGGAGACAAGCGACCGCGCAGACGCUUCGGAGAUGACGACAGGCGCGACGGGAGAGGACGCGAGGAGUGGGGUUGGAGAGGACGAGAGGACGAACGCCGCGGCCGAGACGACUACGAUAGAAGACGAAGAGACGAUGACGACAGAGGCGACCGAGAAGGAAGAUACAGAAACUCAGACGGCGACUACCGGUCCAGAGAAGAAGACUACGGCAGACGCCGAGAGAGAAGCCGCAGCCGCAGCGACGACAGAAGGAAAUGACACUGCGGCUCCUCCCAUCCAUGGAAGACCGCCGGGAUUCCUACCCGCCGCUACGAGGACGACGACGACGACAGCCGCAGAGAUCGGCGACGGGACUACUACUGAGUGAAGUCGCCUGUUUUUGGGCGGAGACCUAGCGUGGAGGCGACAGUGAAAACAAUUAUGCAUAGAUGUCUACAACUGAACAAGGCUAAGCAACUGUACCGGCCUAUAUUCCGUGCAUCUGCACACACCUGCAUGGAUAUAUAUAUAUAUAUAUAUAUAUGUAUAUGGAUCUCCGGGUGGCGCGUUCCGGUGUUGUGUGACAUUCUUCAUGGAGUAAAUGGGCUUUGAAAGAGACGAACCGGAGACGCACAGUAUUCACCGUCUUUGGCUCCAGCAGUGAAUCUGUGAACAGUGUGAGGUCCGUAGAAAGAGGAAGAAAACGCGCCUCAUGGUUUGCGUCUUACAAUAUUGAAAUGGUUGUCUCCAAGGGAAUCAAUGAAUGACAAGGCGACACGGAUGCACAAAUUUGUGUGUAUAUUAAUAUACAUAUGUAUGCGCAUACAGCAUUCGAAUGCACAUCCCUAUGCGUGCAUGUACUCGCGUGAACGCAUGCGAAUAUACAAACACAUCUACGCGGAGAUCUGUGUUGGGACUUCGUGGGGUGACGAGGGGUAGGAGUGAGAGGAAAGGCUGGAGCACUCGUGCGAGGAAUGUGCCUCUGGAUGUUGGAAAACAAUAGCCUCGCCGAGCGUCUGUCGCGACAGAGGCAACUGAAGACUCUUGAAUAUCAAGCUUCGACCUCUUG